AUGUCGCUACUCUGCACAGCCAUCUCCGCAAUCAAACUCUGGGCCUUCCAACAGUUGCAGGGCCAGAAGGAAUUUUACUACAAAUGUGUUCCGCUCAUCAUCUGGUCCAUGACGGAGCUUUCGCUUGCUCAGAUCCAUUCUCCCUACCUCUUUGUCACAUACACGCGACUCGAUGAGAUUCAAGGAUCUACAUCUCCCGGCAUACUUUUCACGGAAUACGGCGAGAGACAGGGCGAGCGGAGGGAUCGGAAAGUCACAUACUGCAGUACUGGCUACGAUUGA